AGAAAACGUGAAACGUUUCACCCAAAAACAAACCGAUAAAGAUAUCACUUAUAUUUAAAAGGAGCAAACAGCGUGCCGUAAGCACGGAAAUUCAAAUUUAAUUAAGAGAAAUCCUGAAGGUACAUGGGGAUGCAUGCAAGCUGCUGCAUACAGGCAAUGUAUCUCAGGUUGUCGGUCGCUACUUAUUUCAUAAUGUUUUUUUUUUAAAGUGAAUUUAGCUAUGUUAACGCGAUUUGUACAACCGAAAAAGGUGAACACAAUUGUAAAUGGGCUCCUUGAACAAAAUGUAAAGAAGGAAAUAAGUUCUAGAAACCGUCGAUAAUUUGUAAGUGAAUGGAGCCCGUUGUGCGGGGAAGAUUUUGGUUUAUAUUUGUGACUGGGGGCUGCCUCUGAGGGAUUAUUUUAGGGGGGGUGGGGGUUACAGAAUGCUACGUCCUCCUCCCCCCCUUCGCCCUCUCUCCCGUUUUAGUCCAUUGUUGUGACUCUCGCGCACACAGAGCCCCGAGACGGACCGGCAGUAGGACGCUCGGAGCAGCUCUGCCGCGUAACUGGAGAGUUGCUAAUUGAGAUUUCGGCUGGAUGGCUUGUGAAUGCUUUAAGUUCUCCGGGACGAACCAUUAGCGAGCAGACCAAGAGGGAGAGAGAGAGCAAGAGGAGUGAUCGGAACAGAGCAAACAACUGACAUCUGUUCCAUUGUCAGCGCUGCUACGGCUACGUUAUUUCUACACGCCGUAGACUGGAGCAUCACACGGACUCACACCUUGCACUGGAGAUGUUUUUUCACUUUUUUCUCGAAAAACACGAAAAUGUUUUCUUUCAAAGCACUUUCGUUUCAGGCACAGAAAAAACCGCUACAAUACCCUGUGGUAAUUCUCUUCAAAUGGAUUUAGCACUUCGUUCCUUGUGAAUCAACUUUACAGCAGUCUUGGCUACGAGAACCUAAUCAAGAAGGUUGAAUUGGACUUUGAGCGGCGUUCCAAGGAUCGGACUCCCUGCUCGUCUUGCGGGCAUUGUUUCUGUUUUUAAUGGAUUUAUAGUUUUAUCCGAACAUAUUUACCCUCCAAUCGGGAAGGCCAGAGGAUCACCAAAGAUCAUUUUGGGGCGAAUAACUGGAGAUAAGCCCUAAAUGGGGAUUCCGAUUUUGCGUUACCUUGGCGAGAAUUAGGAAGCCUAUCAUCGACAGCAGAAGAAAGGGUUACGAGCCACAGGGGUGUAAACCGAGCUUGCCAAUGCUAGGAGACGACAUCUGAGGUUUAGUGAACACUGAAGGAGUCUCCUUCCCUCCCUCCCCCCUCUCCCUGUACUACAAGGCCUGCACUCACCACGUCUGCAAGAUGAUCACCUCCUGCCAGCUUUCUGUCCUUAUCUUGUGCCUGGUGCAUGGUGUCCUGUCCAAAUCGGUCCUGAAGGAAGAGAGCAGAAUCAAAGUGCACAGACCUCCACGCCCCCUCCUCCAGCCGGGGUACCCCGAGAACGUGACGGCGCAGGCGGGGGGGCAGGUGAGGCUGCAGUGUAAGGCCCACAGGCCCGCCUCCACGCGCAUCCAGUGGUUCAAACUGGACGGGGGCCAACGGGGUGCCGACGGCCAGCCAAUCCUCCGGGCUCUGACGCCACUUCUCAGCAACGUCUCCAAAGUCAACGUUCUGUCUCUCGCCAACGUCACCGCAGAGGAUGCUGGGGAGUACGUCUGCAGGGCGCAGAGCGCAGGGCUGCAGUCUGCGCAGUCCGCCUGGCUGCACGUCCUACCAGACGAGGACCAGGGGGAGGACGCGGUGGAGCACCUGCUGCUGGAGCCGGGGGACGUCCUGAAGCUGCGCUGUGACACAAACCGCCCUGGCGCCAUCCACUGGUACAAAGGGGAACUGCGGGUCACCCACAGCGCCCGCAUACAGAUCCGCUCCAGCGUCAUGGAGAUCACCGACGUGACGUACGAGGACUCGGGCCUGUACGUCUGCGUCCUGAGGGGCACCAGGGAGCCUCUGAGGAACUUCUCCAUCACUGUGGCAGAUUCACUGGGAUCAGGUGAUGAGGAUGAUGAUGAAGACAACGGGUUGGAUGACACUUCAACUGAAAUGGAGAACGACCAGGUCUACUUCACCAGAGGGCCGUACUGGACACACACGCAGCGCAUGGAGAAGAAGCUCUACGCCGUUCCCGCCGGCAACACCGUGAAGUUCCGCUGUCCCGCCAUGGGCGCCCCGCUGCCCGCCAUCCGCUGGCUGAAGAACGGGCGGGAGUUCCGCGGGGAGCACCGGAUCGGGGGCAUCAAGCUCCGGCACCAGCACUGGAGCCUGGUGAUGGAGAGCGUGGUGCCGUCGGACCGGGGGAACUACACCUGCGUGGUGGAGAACAAGUACGGCUCCAUCGCCCACAGCUACCUGCUGGACGUGCUGGAGCGCUCCCCGCACCGGCCCAUCCUGCAGGCGGGCCUUCCUGCCAACGCCACGGCGGUGGUGGGGGGGGACGUGCAGUUCUUCUGCAAGGUGUACAGCGACGCGCAGCCGCACAUCCAGUGGCUCAAGCACAUCGAGAAGAACGGCAGCCGCUUCGGGCCCGACGGCAUCCCCUACGUCCAGAUCCUGAAGACCGGCAGCCUGAACAUGUCGGAGGUGGAGGUCCUGUACCUGACCAACGUCUCCAUGGGGGACGCGGGAGAGUACACCUGCCUGGCUGGGAACUCCAUCGGAUUCUCCUAUCAGUCCGCCUGGCUCACCGUCCUGUCAGAGGAGGAAGUGGCGGAGGAAGUGGAUCUGAUGGAGACCAAGUACACGGACAUCAUCAUCUACGCGUCGGGGCUGGUGGCGCUGGUCAUGGCGGUGGUGAUCGUGGUCCUGUGCCGCAUGCAGGCCAGCGGCAGCCGCGAGGCCUUCGACGUUCUCCCCGUGCAGAAGCUGUCCAAGUUCCCCCUGCGCAGACAGUACUCCGUGGAGUCGGACUCCUCGGGGAAGUCCAGCGCCUCCCUCAUGCGGGUGGCCCGCCUCUCCUCCAGCUGCUCCCCCAUGCUGGCCGGGGUGCUGGAGUUCGAUCUGCCCUACGACCCCGACUGGGAGUUCCCCAGGGAGAAUUUGACCCUUGGGAAGCCGCUCGGGGAAGGCUGUUUCGGUCAGGUGGUGAGAGCAGAGGCUUAUGGGAUACAGAAGGACAGCGCUGAGCAGGUCUCCACGGUGGCAGUGAAGAUGCUGAAAGACGACGCCACGGACAAAGACCUGGCCGACCUCAUCUCUGAGAUGGAGCUCAUGAAGCUGAUGGACAAACACAAGAACAUCAUCAACCUCCUGGGCGUGUGCACACAGAACGGGCCGCUCUAUGUGCUGGUGGAGUUCGCUUCCAAAGGCAGCCUGCGGGAGUACCUUCGCGCCCGCCGCCCCCCCGGCAUGGACUACACCUUCGACGUGACCAAGGUGCCCGAGGAGCAGCUCACCUUCAAGGACCUGCUGUCCUGCGCCUACCAGGUGGCACGGGGCAUGGAGUACCUGGCCUCCAGACGGUGCAUCCACAGAGAUCUGGCGGCGCGGAAUGUUCUGGUGACGGAAGACAACGUGAUGAAGAUCGCUGACUUCGGCCUGGCGCGGGGGGUCCACCAGAUCGACUACUACAAGAAAACCACCAACGGCCGGCUUCCUGUGAAGUGGAUGGCGCCGGAGGCCUUGUUCGACAGAGUCUACACGCACCAGAGCGACGUGUGGUCUUUCGGGGUCCUGAUGUGGGAGAUUUUCACUCUGGGGGGGUCGCCGUACCCCGGGAUCCCGGUGGAGGAGCUCUUCAAGCUGCUGAAGGAGGGGCAUCGCAUGGACAAGCCCUCCAACUGCACACAUGAGCUGUACAUGAAGAUGAGGGAGUGCUGGCUGGCUGUGCCGACCCAGAGGCCCACCUUCAAACAGCUGGUGGAGGAGCUGGACAGAGUGCUGCUGGCCGUCUCAGACGAGUACCUGGACCUGUCCACGCCGUUCGAGCAGUACUCCCCGUCCUGCGAGGACUCCUCCAGCUCCUGCUCCUCGGACAACGACUCGGUCUUUACCCACGAUGCCACCUCCACCGACCCCUGUCUCCUCGGCUACCACGACGUACACUCCAGGAUGAAGACCUGAAAUCCGCGCGGGACUCAAGAUGGAGGUCACCAGGAGCCGCUGGCCUGGGGCAUUAUACGGGGGAGGGGGGGGGGUGAGGUGGGGGGGGAGUUUGCUUUAAAAAAUACGCGCAUGAAAAAAAGCGGUACGGACCAUGUUGGUUCUGGCCCUGAUCCUAAGAACGACAUGUCGACGCUCGGCACUGCAAACCCCGGCCGGUCCAGCAGCUGCCUGUGCCUUCAGGUUCUUCUCAAUGAGGCCACACUCAGCUGUUUGGGCUCUGUUGCCAUGGGGAUGGACAGCCAAUGGGCCUCAAGUACAAACUUUUUCUGAACAAAUAGAGCAGCACCAGAUCUGGUACAAUGUAGAACCAGUAUUGAAAGAUGAAAAGAGAAAAUAUAUUUUGUUAUAAAAAAUAAAAAAAAGUGAUGACAUUGUGAAAUAUAAAUAUAUAUAUAAGAUUAUUUUACAAUCUGGUAUUUAAAAAUUGUCUUAAAUCUCAGGAUCUCUUGUAUUAAGUUGCUAUAAUGGCGGUAAAGUGCCUGAAUUUUCCGAUUUCCUGUGAAUAUAUUAAAUAUUAAAAUAUUUCUAUGUACAUAUCACAAAGAGAAAAAAAGGCAGUUAGCUUUUAUAAAUUAUUUUUAAUGGUAUGAGAUGAAUUGUUGGGGUGAGAAAUAAUGUAAUUCUGACCACAUGUCAUUGUACUGGAAGUAAUAUUCUUUAACUAUGCAUUUAAUAAUAAUAAAAUAAUUAUGAAUUGCAUUUAUAUAGCGCCUUUCAAUGCAUCUGAAAGCGCUUUACAGUGUGAGACCGGUCACUCACCUCAACAACCACCAGUGUUUAGAAAACGCUCAAAUAUUUACCGUUCAGUCCUUUUAUUUGUCUGCCGAAAGGAAUUGGACCCCAUUAUCACCCCAGCAGCCAGCUGUGAGGGCCGCUGUGGCCACAGCCUUAUGGUACUAAUUGUUAUGUACGAAAAACAUUCUGUAAGAACAAUCUGUUCUGACGGCCCGCCCCAAAAAGAGGGGCGCGAUUCACGGGGGGGCCCCUUUGGAGCCUCUACAGUCAGUCCUGCCGGGGCAGGAAAGGCCUUUUCUCAGCGAGCCCCCUGAUUAAUUGAUUUAAAAUAGGACCCCCCCCUAUUGUUUCCCGUUAUCUUUUGACCAGCGCAGAUUGUGUGGUGGGCGCACACUGAGCCUGUGGCUCUAGUGGGUGUGGCUGUGGGGCUAGGCUAGGCCCUGUGUGCUAAUGGAGUGGCCUUAUUAUGCUAAUAUGCUAACGCCUCCUGCUGCCCCCUUUCGUUUAACAUACAAAUGCUAAUGCUAAUAAGGCCCUUUUGGGCCAAACUCUCAAAAAAUGUCCUUGGGGGGGAAUGGAGAGCUGCCCUCACCCCCUACAUCAGAUAAGGGUCCAGUGUCGUCCCAAAUGAAUUUAGCAAAGCUUUGCAAUCUGUCUGUCACGGUCCCCUCGUUUGUCCUCCUGACGUAGUCCAGGAAACCAACGAAAUUCGGUCUGUGGACGGCCCGUGAAAAUUUCAGCCUCUUCUGUAGGAUGGCGCCCGUGUAGACGAGGCCUAAGCAGCUAUUUUAAUGUGCCAAUCAUUCUGCUGACUCGCCCCCCCCCCUUCUCUAUGGCAGCUACACCAGUAAAUACCCCACAGCUGAACACCACACCAGCUCCAGGACCUCAGUCCCUGAAAUGCCUUUCAGAUAUCCCAGUAAUUACCAUAGCAUUCCGGAGCAAUUCAGGGUUUUGUGUGACGUAACCAACAUGUAUUUUCUAUUCGAAACCCAUCAGUACGACAAAAUCGGGUUUAUUCCAUUUCUGCUACCAUUGUAACAAUCACAAUGUUCUUAAACUUGUUUUUGAGACUUCUCAAGAGAAUUAUUUUAGAAAUAUCUAAUUUAUUUGUUUAUUGUUUGGUUUUUAUAUGAAAUAAAGUAUAAUUUAAAAUACA